AUGCUUUCAAGACACCUAGGACGCGGCGUGUCGUCACGACUUGUCUUUCGUGUAACUCUACGACCGAGUUUCAUCGCACGGCUCACCUUUACGCGGUGGCAAUCAACAGACGCUAAACACGACGGACCUCCAGUGACAGACACAAAUCGUGCCGAGGCUACCCAAAAGCGGUUCUGGAACGAUGUUGGAAUCGAGCAACGUGAAGAUUCGUUCGUGGUGACACUGGACAAACGAGCUCUGAAAACCCCUGAAGGGCAAACUCUUCUCAUUCCUAAAACUAACUCUCUAGCGGCAUCACUAAUUGCUGCAGAAUGGGACCACCAAGAAACACUGUUGAAACCCCACGCUCUUCCUAUGACUUCCAUCGUUUCAAGGGCCCUUGACGCAAUGAACGAAAAAAAGACGCGGAAUGAAGUCAUCGAAGCUCUACUGAAAUAUCUCGACACGGAUACAGUGUGUUUCUUCCACAACAAUCCUGAACCUCUAGAACGGCUGCAAGCUAGACACUGGACACCGUUACUGGAAUGGGCACGAGAAGCAUUUGACGUUGAAAUCAACGUCUCAAAUUCCGUGCUUUCCACGAGCCAGCCGGCAGAGACGCGGGAGAAAAUUAGAAAGGUCAUGGAAUCUUUCAACGCUUGGGAAAUGGCAGCCAUGGAACGCGCAACAUAUGCUUCGAAAUCGGUUGUUAUCGCCCUGGCACUGGUGAAAAAGCACCUCUCCGUUGAAGAAGCUGCCCUUGCGUCAACGGUUGAAGUAGACAGUCAGAUAGAACGAUGGGGUGAAGUUGAGGAUACUCACGACGUAGACUACCAGGAUAUACGGAGGCAGCUCGGAAGUGCUGCCUGCCUUCUAUCCACAGUAUAA